UACAUGCCAGUGUUGAGCUCCGCGCUCUGCGAACCACACGCCGUGCUGGACAUUUACACACAUAUUCUGCAUCACAUGCUUAUGGAUACAAUAUAGUUUUACUGAUGGUCUACUAAGAGGGAGAAUCCAGACCUGACUUGUUUGUCUUGAACCCCGGUAUUACAUUUCACCUGAUAUUAUCACCUGCACAGCGAUCUGCAGAGGAACAGUCCCACGACUGAAGCCAUGCCCUGCGUCCAGGCUCAGUAUGGCUCAUCCCCGCAGGGCGCGAGUCCUGCGUCUCAAAGCUACAGUUACCACACCAGCGGAGAAUACAGCUGCGAUUUCCUCACGCCAGAGUUUGUGAAGUUCAGCAUGGAUUUGACCAAUACCGAGAUCACCGCCGCCACCACCUCUCUGCCAAGCUUCAGCACCUUCAUGGACAACUACAACACCGGCUAUGACGUGAAGCCGCCUUGUCUUUACCAGGUGCCCCAUUCUGGAGAACAGUCCUCCAUCAAAGUGGAGGACGUCCAGAUGCACACAUACCAUCAGCAGAGCCAUUUGGGCCCGCAGUCAGAGGAGAUGAUGGCCCACUCCGGGCCUAUGUACUUCAAACCGUCCUCACCUCACACUCCGGGAACGGCCAACUUCCAGGUUCAGCACAAUCAUAUGUGGGAGGACCCGAGCUCCCUGCACACUUUUCAUCAGACCUAUAUGACCUCACAUAUGAUAGAUCAGCGCAAAAACCCCGUGUCCAGGCUCUCCCUCUUCUCCUUCAAGCAGUCUCCACCCGGAACCCCUGUUUCCAGCUGUCAGAUGCGCUUUGACGGGCCUCUCCACGUGUCCAUGGGGCACGACAGUCCCGGAGCGCACCGAGCCCUGGACAGCCAGAGUUUCGCAGUGCCCAGUGCCAUCAGGAAACAGGCGGGAAUCGCUUUCACGCACUCCCUGCAGCUCAGUCACGGCCAUCAGCUGAUGGACAGUCAGGUGCCGUCACCCCCGUCUAGAGGUUCUCCGUCCACCGAAAGUUUGUGCGCUGUGUGUGGGGACAACGCGGCUUGUCAGCACUAUGGAGUCCGAACGUGUGAAGGGUGCAAAGGCUUCUUCAAGGUAUUUUUAGCCAAUAAAAACUGUCCUGUGGAUAAACGCCGGAGAAACAGAUGUCAGUAUUGCCGAUUUCAGAAGUGCAUGGUGGUCGGAAUGGUGAAAGAAGUUGUUCGGACCGCCAGCUUAAAGGGUCGGCGAGGCCGUUUACCCUCCAAACCCAAAAGUCCGCAGGAGUCUUCGCCUCCCUCUCCGCCCGUCAGUUUGAUCAGCGCUCUGGUCAGGGCUCAUGUGGACUCCAACCCCUCUAUGAGCAGCCUCGACUACACCAGAUUCCAAGCCAACCCGGACUACCAACUGAGCGGAGAUGACACACAGCACAUCCAGCAGUUCUACGACCUCCUCACCGGAUCCAUGGAGAUCAUCCGCGGAUGGGCAGAAAAGAUUCCCGGGUUCACCGACCUGCCUAAACCGGACCAGGACUUGCUGUUCGAGUCUGCCUUCCUGGAGCUCUUCGUGCUGCGCCUGGCGUACAGGUCCAACCCGAUGGAAGGCAAACUCAUCUUCUGUAACGGAGUGGUGCUGCACAGGCUGCAGUGCGUCCGUGGAUUUGGCGAGUGGAUCGACUCUAUAGCGGAGUUCUCGUCUAAUCUCCAGAACAUGAAUUUAGACAUAUCUGCUUUCUCAUGCAUCGCCGCCCUAGCCAUGGUCACAGAGAGACACGGACUGAAAGAACCCAAGAGAGUGGAGGACCUUCAAAACAAGAUAGUAAAUUGUCUGAAAGAUCAAGUCACCUUCAAUGGAGGCGGCUUGAAUCGUCCAAACUAUUUGUCCAAACUGUUGGGUAAACUGCCUGAACUGCGCACACUGUGCACACAGGGUCUGCAGCGCAUCUUCUACCUAAAACUAGAAGAUCUGGUCCCACCGCCAGCAAUAAUCGACAAACUGUUUCUUGACACUCUGCCCUUUUAAACCGUGAGAAAAGGAGAAAAAAA